ACGCCCCCGCCCGCAGCGUCACGUGAUGCCACCACGGAACCCGAGGUGCCAGGCCUAAGCCGACUUAAAAGUCGUUGCCGGUGGCCGCCGCAAGUGCAACCCCAGAGGCUCACCCGGAGACGAGCGUGGGAGGCCCCGGGAGGUCGAUGCUACCUCUUCCCGGGCAGGUCGGCUCCGGGCCCCUUCCCACCCUUCGUCGCUCGCGUCUCCUUGAGCCUCGGCACGCACUCUCUCGCGUGGGCAGGCCCCGGCGACUACUAUGUAGAGGCAAAGCCUGAGGAAGCACGGGUGCCCGGACCGAGCUCAGCGCUGACGGCUCGCAGCCUCGGCGUCUCCCCGCCGGCAUCUCCGCCGCGGCCCGCGGGGCCCUGCUGGGAACUCCGGCCUCCCGAGGAGGCCUGGCCCCGAGCGCCGCCAAGUCUCGCCUCGUCUCGCGAGAGUCCAAGUUGAAGGAACAUGGCGACGUCUAAUCUGUUAAAGAAUAAAGGUUCUCUCCAGUUUGAAGACAAGUGGGAUUUUAUGCGUCCAAUUGUUUUGAAGCUUUUACGCCAGGAAUCUGUAACAAAACAGCAGUGGUUUGAUCUGUUUUCGGAUGUACAUGCAGUCUGUCUCUGGGAUGAGAAAGGCUCAUCAAAAAUUCAUCAGGCUUUAAAAGAAGAUAUUCUUGAGUUUAUUAAGCAAGCACAGGCACGUGUCCUGAGCCAUCAAGAUGACACAGCUUUGCUAAAGGCAUACAUUGUUGAAUGGCGAAAGUUCUUCACACAGUGUGAUAUUUUACCAAAACCUUUUUGUCAACUAGAGGUUACUUUAUUGGGCAAACAAAGCAAUAAAAAGUCAAAUAUGGAAGAUAGUAUUGUUAGAAAGCUCAUGCUUGAUACAUGGAAUGAGUCAAUUUUUUCAAAUAUAAAAAACAGACUUCAGGAUAGUGCCAUGAAGCUGGUGCAUGCUGAGAGAUUGGGGGAAGCCUUCGAUUCCCAGCUGGUCAUAGGGGUGCGAGAGUCCUACGUUAACCUUUGUUCUAAUCCUGAGGACAAGCUUAAGAUCUACAGGGAUAAUUUUGAAAAGGCAUACUCAGAUUCAACAGAGAGAUUUUAUAGAACACAGGCACCCUCAUAUUUACAGCAAAAUGGUGUGCAGAAUUACAUGAAAUAUGCAGAUGCUAAAUUAAAAGAAGAAGAAAAAAGAGCACUCCGUUACUUAGAAACAAGACGAGAAUGUAACUCUGUUGAAGCACUCAUGGAAUGCUGUGUAAAUGCACUGGUGACCUCCUUUAAAGAGACUAUUUUAGCAGAAUGCCAAGGCAUGAUCAAACGAAAUGAAACUGAAAAGUUACAUUUGAUGUUUUCUUUGAUGGACAAAGUCCCUAAUGGGAUAGAGCCAAUGUUGAAGGAUUUGGAGGAGCAUAUCAUCAGUGCUGGCCUGGCAGACAUGGUGGCAGCUGCUGAAACCAUCACCACUGACUCUGAGAAGUAUGUGGAGCAAUUACUUACUCUGUUUAAUAGAUUCAGUAAACUUGUCAAAGAAGCUUUUCAAGAUGAUCCUCGUUUCCUUACUGCCAGAGAUAAGGCAUAUAAAGCAGUUGUUAAUGAUGCUACCAUAUUUAAACUUGAAUUACCUUUGAAGCAGAAAGGAGUGGGGUUGAAAACUCAGCCUGAAUCAAAGUGCCCUGAGUUGCUUGCCAAUUACUGUGAUAUGUUAUUAAGGAAAACACCAUUAAGCAAAAAACUAACCUCUGAGGAGAUUGAAGCAAAGCUUAAAGAAGUGCUCUUGGUACUUAAAUAUGUACAAAAUAAAGAUGUCUUUAUGAGGUAUCACAAAGCUCAUCUUACCCGACGUCUCAUAUUGGACAUCUCUGCUGACAGUGAGAUUGAAGAAAACAUGGUAGAGUGGCUAAGAGAAGUUGGUAUGCCAGCAGAUUAUGUGAACAAGCUCGCUAGAAUGUUUCAGGAUAUAAAAGUGUCUGAAGACUUGAACCAAGCUUUUAAGGAAAUGCAUAAAAAUAACAAGUUGGCAUUACCAGCUGAUUCAGUUAAUAUAAAGAUUCUGAAUGCUGGUGCCUGGUCUAGAAGCUCUGAGAAAGUCUUUGUCUCACUUCCUACUGAACUGGAAGAUUUGAUACCUGAGGUAGAAGAAUUUUACAAAAAAAAUCAUAGUGGUAGAAAAUUACAUUGGCAUCAUCUCAUGUCAAAUGGAAUUAUAACAUUUAAGAAUGAAGUCGGUCAGUAUGAUUUGGAAGUAACCACAUUUCAGUUGGCUGUGUUGUUUGCAUGGAACCAAAGGCCCAGAGAGAAAAUCAGCUUUGAAAAUCUGAAGCUUGCAACGGAACUCCCUGAUGCUGAACUUAGAAGGACUUUAUGGUCGUUAGUAGCUUUUCCUAAGCUCAAACGGCAAGUUUUGUUGUACGAACCUCAAGUCAACUCUCCCAAAGACUUCACAGAAGGGACCCUCUUCUCCGUGAACCAGGAGUUCAGCCUAAUAAAAAAUGGAAAAGUUCAGAAAAGGGGAAAAAUCAAUUUGAUUGGACGCUUGCAGCUUACUACAGAAAGAAUGAGAGAAGAAGAAAAUGAAGGGAUAGUUCAGCUAAGAAUAUUAAGAACCCAGGAAGCCAUCAUACAAAUAAUGAAAAUGAGGAAGAAAAUUAGCAAUGCUCAGCUGCAGACUGAAUUAGUAGAAAUUUUGAAAAACAUGUUCUUACCGCAGAAGAAAAUGAUAAAAGAGCAAAUUGAAUGGCUGAUAGAGCACAAGUACAUCAGGAGAGACGAAGCCGACAUCAACACAUUCAUAUACAUGGCCUAGCUGAGCGCUGGGCCACUGUUCCGAGCACUGAUUCUGGAGCACCUGGGCAGAAAGUUGUCCUGGUUUGAGCUGGAGGAAGGUUUAUUUGGACUUUGAUUACAUAAAUAUUAAACUCUCUGCCUUACCUUACAAACGACUAUAUUUUGCCAGUCACAUUAGUUAGCAUGAUGGCAUUCCCUUCAUGUCGCACACUCUUUAACAGCAUGCAGUUUUGUGGAGAAAAUUGCAUUCAUGAAGAGCCCAUUAUGAACUUGGAAGUCAGUUGAAUUCUUCCCCACCAAGAGCAGUAACCAUUUGGAAGGGUGAGGGUGGGGUUCUUGUCGCUUCUUUCACCCCCUUUCCUCUUUCAAGGAAUAUACUUGCAGAAGGAAGGAAAUUCAGAUAUUGCACUGAAAAUGCUUUUAUCUUUUUUAAAUGCAGUUAAAGCUAGAGGUAGCACUCUUAGCUGCUUUUGGCGAAAAGAAUGAAGUUGUCAACACCAUGUUGGGAAAGGGCAAGUAUAUGGAGCAGAUGAGGCUGUCGAGUUUUUGGUUAAACACUGCUUUCAGUGGAAUAACCGGAUUGAAAUGGUGACCUGAAAGUGGUAUUAAAUAUGUCUACCUUCCAAAUCCUGAUUGUCAUAAGCAGGGGACUGCUGUUUUAGUUGUUGGUUGUUAAAUGAUAAAGAUUUGGGCUUUUCUUUCUAAGUCUUCUAUGGUUGGAGAACUUGUUUUGAAAACAUGAAGUUUAUAAUGAAUGUUGCUUCAGUUGUUAAAUUUAUGGGUAUAGGUAAGUCAUUAAUUGCAGAAUCAGAAUUGCAAAGCAAACAUGUUAAAGUGUGUUACUAAUACACUUAAAUUUGUUGAAAACAAUGCAGAAAUAUGCUCUGAUACAGUACAAUGAGAGAAUUGCAUUCUAAACCUGUAGCAUAGAAUUAUUUGGUGUUUUGAAAGUGUUGUGAUUAGGGAUUUACCACCUCUGUUUUCUGGAAAGACAUUCUCUGUUAAAAGGUAAUUACCCCUCACCUAGGCGGAAGAGCGAUGAGAUUGCAUUCUGAGACCUGCAAAGCACUCAGAGUUGUUAGUCUUAACAUGAGCAGUAACCUUGCCAAAUAUGUACAUAUAUAUUUAUAUAUUUUAAAAAUAAGCAUUUUUAAAAUGUCCAGAGGGCAGCACUUACCUUGCUUCUCUCAGUUAAUCCAGAGCAGUGUCUCAAGACUUCACAGUGCAGUGGGAAGUUAAACACUGAAGACUUGAGCAACUAAAGAGAGAAGUGUCCCCAUCAGGAAAAAUGGCUCCAUGUGGAUUUUUACUCACUGUGGUGCACGUUUCCAGUGUUCUUGCAGAUUAUUUUAUAACCUUUGACGUUAGGUAAUAUUUUGAGGUAUGGUUUUGAAAUUAGCAGAAAAUGGAGUGUUGAGAAGCAUACAGUAUUAUAUCACCACAGUGGGCUGUGGACCUGCCUGCAGCCUUAGAAGCUGUGAGCUCCUUCCUAGAAUGAAGGGAGUAUAUGUCAGACAUUUAAGGUUUUGCUAAUUAUAGUCAAAUCUCUGUUGUGAAACUUAUAGGAAGUUGGAAGUGCAUGUGUGCUUACCGUCUGCCCUGCUGCUCUGAGGAGGCCAUGGCUAGAGCAGGUGUGAAGAGCGACUCGGUGCUCGCUGCUUCCCUGAUGUCGGUGAUAGCUGGCGUUGGUGCAUCCAGAAUUCAAGGAGAUGGUUUUACAAUGACUGUGGCCCUUCUACUUAAUAGUUUGGUGUUGGCAAAUUUUUAUGUCCCAAUACCAGAAUGCCAAAGGAGGAAACAAUCAAGGGAGAAAUUUUAGGCCAUUUCUUAAUGUUUAAGAUUUGUCAUUUUAAACCAUAAUUUUUUUUAGAACAUCUUUGAAAUUUCUAAUCGCUUUGGUCAUUUAAGAAUGAGAGCUGUGAUGUUUUGAUUUAUAAAGGCAAACUUAAUGCAAAGUGGGUAACAAUAAAUCCAUAGCAAAGUUUUUUAUUAAAUUUUAUAAAUUUUUUAAUAGUUAAUUAUGUCCUAAUUGUAUUUUGGGGAAUGAACAGCAGUAAAUACCACAGACUUAACAGUUUUCAUCCUUUUUUUAAAAUAUAUAUACAAAAGUGUAACUACUUUUCGGUGUUUUUCAGAACUGUUUAGUUGACAAGGUGCCUAUUGCCUAUACCAUUGUUGAGAUUUUCUUUAAAUGUUUUAUCAAUAGAUUUGCUAAUUUAAAAAAUUCUGAAACAGAUUUUAACCAGGAGUUUUCUGAAGGUCCAGAACCACCAUUAACGUUCCCUGUCUGACCUCUCUUCCCCCUGCAGACCUUACGUUCUUGCUGUCUAAGCAGGGCCAAGCAUUGGACAGGUAAGGGGGAGAAAAUCCCCACCUCCUAUCCACCAACAAAGAGCCAUUUUUAAAUGAAUAAUGUAGCAGGCUCAGAGUUUUGAUUACUUCCAUCUAAUAAAUGGUAACCUGUUGCCAUCUCAUGGCCAGAGUAAGGAGACAAGAAACAGAUUCACACAGUGGAAAAUGUGGAACAUAUUUGAUGAUCACAGUUAGACAAAUGUUAGACCAUCAUUGUUCUAAUAAUUUUAUAAGGGUCCUCAAAUUCUGAAGUCGCCCAAUUUUUACAAUUAUUGGAGGAGGUCCCUGAGUUUAUCAACCUGUUCAUUUAAAUCUCUUGUUCUUAAUUUGUGCAUAAAUAUUAAAGUCUCCAAAAACAAAAUGUUAUUCUUAUUUUCACUCUUCAUUAAAUUGAAUAUGAUAUCAUUAGCCCUGCUCCAAGGGCAAAUUUUUCGGAUUCACUCUAGGAGGAAUAUUUGCUAGUUUACAGAAAGAUUUGCUAUCAUAGACUCAAGCUGGCUCUUCUGUUUUCAUGUAAAUGACCGGGAUGCUGUUACAAGUCCUCUCAAGUCACAGCUAUGAAAGAAACAUUGUUUAAGGGCGUUCCUGUCAUCUACACUGUGUGUGGUCUGGAGUUCCUCAUGGUCUGUGCAGUUUUGAAUGUGCACCACUACAUACUGAGAUGACGCUGUACAGUUUUACACAGUAGCAGUUUCUGUAUGCCGUAGGCUGAAAUAUUUUGAUGAACUGCUUAAUUUUUUGGAUUUUAUUUUUAAGUUGUAUAAUUUAUUUUCUUGCAAAAUAAAAGUGUAAUAUAAAUGCUUUCAUCCAGAAA